AUGGCCCCGUCUCGAAAGUCGCUCAAAACGGGCGCAACUCCCCGCCACCAGGACCAUUCGGCUACGCCUUUCUUUCCACGAUGGAUACACCAUAUGAACAAGCUCCCGCUCUCCCCCCGGGUCCCCUCUCUCCUCGACGAUAACGAAUCCAAUAUGCUCGACAACUUUUUUACGACUAUGAAUGCGAACAGUUUUACAAAUGACUUCUGGCUUCGCUCUCAAAAUAACAAGUCCUCUGGGAUUAACUUCGAUUGGUCCGAUGAACUACCUCCAACAUUUGAAGGCUCAACGACAUCGCUAUCGCAUCCAUCAUUCCAACAGCAACAAGGCCUCAUAAAGCCAGGCAUGAUGGCAGCGCAUACCGCAGGCCCGGACAUAUAUGCUGCCGCAUCAAUGCUAUACCAAGGAGGCAUGAAUGGAUCAGAUAUCGGCUCAGCGCUCGCCCAGCAAGCAUUUACAACACAACCUCUUCAUCUCAACGGGAAUCAUGUGAAUCAUGUGAAUGGGGCUCACAUGCAACACAACUCUCAACCUACCCCCAUGCCACAACCUAAUGCCCCAUCUUCAUCUCGCAGCCGAAUUCCCUCUGGCUAUCAUACAUCGGAGAUGCUCUUUGAUGUCCGCGACACUAUUCCUGUAGAUGAACAUCCAUCCCGCAAGGCUAGAAGCCUUCAAUGGGGCACAGAUAUCAGUUUCAUGGAUCAGGGAUACGUGGCACCGCCCGAUCAACCGGACGAAGAAACCCGUACCCGGGAUCUAUUAGAUCAUCUUGACUGCUUUGAGCGACAGAGUAGCGCGGCCAACACCCGUGCUCCUAGUCCAGCACGGACACCAGGCGGACACGCCCACCGCGGCAGUAUCCACGGUGUAGACGCCGAGGAUCUGAUUCAGCCUCGCAAACGACAAAGAAUAAUAAAAGAAGACCCGUUCUCCGAUGACGAGGACAUGAAACUACUACACAAAUCACGAACGCCCACCAGCGCAAGAGGUCGUCGUCCAUCAACGAAUGCAGUGCGAAAAUCAAGUAUACAAUCCAACAGUAAGACGCCGAGGGAGAAUCUCUCCGAAGAACAAAAACGCACAAAUCACAUCUUGUCUGAGCAGAAGCGACGGAACCUCAUCCGCCAGGGCUUCGAUGAUCUGUGUAUCUUAGUCCCUAGCCUUCGAGGUGGGGGCUUUAGUAAGAGCGCCAUGCUUACACAAGCUGCUGACUGGCUUGAGGAACUUCUUCGUGGGAAUGAGAUUCUCCAAAGUCAGCUUACAGAUAUGAAAAGCAUUAAUGGCCUCGUAAUGCCACGAUGA